AUGACCUCCUCAGGCCUCAACCUCUCGAACCUGAUCUCCUCCGCCAAAACGCCCAGCAACCACAACGGCACAGUCCCCUCCACCAAGAACAAAGCCUCAGGGUCGAAGUCCUCGAUAUUCACCGCCCACAACAAGAAUGUCAAGAAACGCGCAGCCGCGGACGAGCAGUCCAGCGGAGAACAACGGCACAAAACGUCCGCAAACAUUGGCCGCGCCUCUGACACUGACCUCCACCGCUCGAAGCGCAAAAUGCUGGAGAAGACCCGCCUGUACAACGCCAUGAAGCGCGGCGAGUAUCUCGACCAGAACGGCGAGCAUGACCGCGGCGGCUUGGUGGACUUCGACAAGAAAUGGGCCGACUCACAAGAGGACCAUGACGAACUCGUGGAGUCGUCCUCAGACAAUGACUCCUCAGACGACAACGACAACGAGAAUCCCGACCAGGAAGAAAAGCAAGUCCAAUGGCUAGACGAGUUCUCCCGCCUCAUAACCGGCACACCCGCCCAACACCGCAAAUACCUCCGUCGCCAACGUAUCCAACUCGCUGCCCAAGCUGCCAUGGAAGACGCCUCCGCCCGGCCUGCCCUCCCCUCCACUCUCAUCUACGGCGACACAAUCCAAACCGCCGCGUUCAACCCCGACACCGUCAUUUCAGACCGCAUGUCCGAGCUAGCAGCCAAACGCGACAAGGAAGCCACCCCACCGCCGGAGACGCACUAUGAUGGGGAGGCGGAGAUCCGGACAAAGGGGACGGGCUUCUACGGGUUCAGCAAGGACGAGGAAUUGCGGAAGCAGGAGCAGAAGGGUCUGGAGGAGGAGAGGGCGGAGACGGAGCGGAAGCGGAAGGAGAGGGCGGAGAAGGUUGAGGCGAGGAGGAGAGAGGUGGAGGAGAGGAGACAGGCAGUGCUGGCGAAGAAGGCGGAAAGGGAGGGCAGGGAGGUUGAUAGCUUCUUGGAGGGGUUGGGUGAGGAGAUGCUGGCUGGAGCGGAUACGAGCAAGGGUGGCAAUGACGGUGGUGUUGGAUAG